CAUUACCACUUCACUUGAGCACUUUGUUUUGUUUGAAUGAAUUGGGUUGAUAUUUCAUCCGAUUUUGUCGUAUUUUAGUAUCUGUCUGUGGGCUUAGCUGGCAUUGCCUGAAUCUGGAAUUGAAAGUGUAUAUAUGCUUUUGUUGAAGAUACUCUUAAGUACCUUGUGUACAGCUUGAUAAGUCCUCCAGAAUGGACCCAAACCACUGGAACCAGUACAACCAGGCUUAUGGUCGCCUCGCAUCUGGUGCUAGCAUGGCAGGAGGCUCGGCACCUCUCAACAGAUACGACCUGGGUUUGUUGGAUCAGUCGGGCAUUGGGACACCAGGUAUGUCAGGUCUCGGCACCCUGUCACCCUCACUUGGUCCAGCCCACACCCUCAGCCCAGCGAGGGGAAUGCCCGGUUUGCCUAAUCUCAACUAUGGACACCCUGUACACAGUUCCAUGAGCCAGCUUCUCGAUACAAUGAACUCGCUUGGACAGGGUUUUCCGAACGCACCAACCUACAAGUCCUUGCCUCCCACGAGUCAGCACAUGUAUGGAUUACCCGAAUCUAUUUUCUUGCCCGACCAACUGGGGGACAGUCAGAUGACAAAACAGUCCUUGUUUAACACGGACCCUCAUACUAUGAAGGAAACUGCAUCCGAGGCGGGGGCUUAUGGCACAGUGUCCACACCGUCAGAUGCCAAAUCAUCAUGGGGAUUAUCAAACUUUGUGCCUCCACCGUCAAAUCCAUUUGGAAGCAUUUCAGAAUCGCCCACGUCAGUUUUUAGUCUGACCCCAGAACCACCUCCUGCGCAUUCGGGGUCUCGCCCAAGCACUAUACAGCGGAACCCAUACCAGAAACCAGAAUAUCAGCCGAAAAACGAUUUUCAACCAAAGAGUGAUUUUCCUGUCAGAACUGAACACAGUUCAAGGAGCGAUUAUCAAUCAAGUAGGCCUAAUAAUUCUGACUUUCAUCUAAAACCAGAAUAUCGCUCUGAAUUCCCUCCUAAACAAGAAUAUCAUGCUCCAAGUGUAAAACCGGAUUAUCGGCAGCCUGAAUUUCCCUCAAAACAGGAGUUUCAGUCUCGUAGUCAUGUCAAGUCUGAAUACCAGUCUGCAGCUAAGAAGUCAAGAACGAGUAGCGGACAUUCGCAGAGUUUAAUGAACUCUGUACCACGGACUACUGGUCAUGGGAUGCAGCCAGCCAUGAAUCAGUCCCAGUCGAGCCUUCCCCGGCACUCAUCAUACCCGUCAUCUCCACAAGUCUCCAAUCCAUCUACGUAUCCAAGUUCGCCGCACAUGCGCAAGCCACAGGUGUCGCAUUCUCAACAUAGCAUCAGCGAAUACAACCCUUACUAUCCUGCAUCAUCAGGGUUCAGUUCUGCACCAAGUAACACUGUCACUUACACCAGUGGAUCCAAUAUUGAGCCAUUAACGUAUGAUCCUGUCAGCCCGCCUUCAAAUCUUCCAAACUCUCGAUCACAUAACUCGAACACUCAUAACUUUGGCUUGUCAUUACAAGAGUUUACAAACAUGAGCAACCAAGAUAAGUUGCACCUCACGGAUGCUCAGAGCCACAUGGCUAGUUCCUCCCCAAUCAGGGUUCAAAAUAAGAUCCAGGGCAUGGGAGGUGUCGCAAGUACUCCUAGUCCCAUGCAGCCUUCCCCGAUUAGUGUUGGCAGUCCACAAGUUCCUAUGGCCAGUCCUCAUAAUCAUAUGAGUGGUCAAAUGGCCAGUCCCCAGAUGGCCAGUUCGUCUGUCCCGCCUGUACCCAUCCCAGUCCAAGCUGUUGCUGAUUCAACGACGAAGCCAAAACGAUCACGUAACCGUAAGAAGAAGGAAAAAACGCCUGAUCUGAAGAUGAUGUAUCCCGGACCGCCUCCACCUCUCACUUCUCCACAUCCUAUGACAUCCCAUCAGCAGUUAACUCCCCAUCAUUCGAUGACUACAACCCAUAUGUUGUCCGAACCGAACGAUCGCUACUCCAUGUCUGAAUCGGAUACUUCCAUGUAUAUGGCCAACAGUUAUGAAGAAACGUUCAUGUCGCCUUCUCAAUUAUUGGGGGAUGCCAUGAUGCCAUUGUCCGCACAUGGGACUGAUACAUCCCCUCUUGUAUUGGAACAUCAUCCUAUGCACCACGACUUGGAGUCACCGGUUGAUAGCAUACAGACAAUAGAUCCCAAUGCGUUAAUGGACACGGGGUUCGGUCAUGGCGCAUUGCACAAUUUAGACACAAUGACUUAUCAGAACGAACUAGUGUUUCAGAAACAACAAAAGCAAAAACGUAAUCGAACAAAAGCUGAACAGAAGGAGAUGCCUGGCGCGUAUUUCAUGGCACCGCAGGAGAUGCCGGUGCAGCAGCGAGGCUUCCAAGUCCCCCAGCAGGCGGAGAUAAUCCAAGAUGAUGAGUUCACACACCUGCAGCGGGAUCCUCUGAAUGAGGGGCCCAAACAAACAGUUGUGCCGAAAAAGGGAACUGGUGUCUCGUCGUUCCAGUCCUCAUUUCUCAGCUUCCUUCAAGGCAACAAACAGGAGACGUUAUCGUGUAUCACAAAUAGUGUAGUCAGUAAAAAACCUAUCACGCUGCCAAAAAACUUCACACCGGAGGCGCCUCGACUUCAACCGGACACGUUCGAGGCGUCUCCGAAUCUCUUAAUAGCUGAGUCUGAUCUGAAGAUGAAAGCACUGGAUAAAUCGAUUGAUGUGCCUGCGGUGACAUUCUCAGAUGACGAGGAUAACUCUAUGGCGUUCAGUAAUACUGUACAAAAUGUUAUAUCAAAUCUGAGCGAUGACUCUAAAAGUGAACAGGUGCUGAAUAAUCCCACUUCAGAGACUUCGCAGCAAUUCUCAUUUUUAGCUACGGAACAUGCGAGUUCUGGUGCGGGCAAGAGUGUUGCCAUUAACCCUCCUGUGCCUAAGGCAACAAAGCCAAAAACUGUUGUCGAUAAUGAUGCAGAUUUUCUUCCAAGUAAUGAUGUGGUCGUCAAUGAGGAUGACAUGUUGAUGGAAAAACGAAUAUUGGCAGCUAGGAAAACCAAAGAAAAGAAAGUCAAGGCAAAGAAACAUAAAAAGAAGCGAAAAAAGAAGUGGCAAGGAAGUGACACCAGUGGUUCAUCUGAUUCUGAAAAGGGUUACGAUUCGGAUAAGGAUCCAGUGUGGAUGCCUUUUGAAACGGAAGGAACAAAAAGACGUCCCAGCUCCGACUCUGAUAACGACAACAAGGGUAGAAAGAAUAAAAAAGAUCGUAAAUCUUCAUCAAGUAAAAGCAGUAAACGAUCAAAGACUUACAAAAAUGUUGGUGUGAUUAAUACGAUUGGUGGUGUGCUUGCAGCAAGAGAUGGAGCCUCGCAUAAGUUUCAGAAAGGAGACUUUGUUGUUGAGAACAAGGUGUUAGUAGGGAAUAGUUACCCCGUGUGGAAGAUCGAUGCUGGCCGCUUACUGCAGAAGUUUGAACCGUUUGACUAUAUGGGAAUCAAGUGCCAUAAGGGGCUUUCUACAUACUCAAGUUGGUCCCCUGAGCUCAAGGAUCAGUACAAAGCUAUACAAGUGCAAACCAUACAAAGCGAUUCAUAUGAACUUGUUCAAAUAAUCCAAAAAUCUCAACCAAACGGCCAGGUGCCUGACGACCCUCUCUUGGAGGACUUCAACGUCUACAUGCAAAUACUCAUCAGUCGAGCGCUGGAGGCGAGUUUCCUGCAGGUCGUGCAGGAAGAGGGAGAGGACUUUUACCUUCAGCCUUUGCAGAAAGUUGACGCCUUAAUUGAGAAAAAUAAAGAGAGCAUUUUAGGAAGAGUCAAUUGGACCGAAAAAUUCAGGGAAUCUGUUGAACGGCGGCCUUACAUGAAUUGUGUUGAUAGGCUCGGGCUGAGCAAGGCUUGUCAGGCGUGUCAAGAUCACUCACAACCGGCCAUCAAAUCCGUGGAGUUGUACGGGACACCAUACAAUCUACAUACAUUAGAUACUCUUGAUUAUGUACAAUGUCCACCAUCAGAUGAGUUUCUGAUUGGUGAACUUACUGCCACUUAUUUAUCAACGUAUCAUGGGCUUCAUCAUUUCAAGUUCUCCACAUUCAAGAGGUGUACAGCUAAGGUUGAUUUAAUCAAAGAAGAAAACCCGGAGGUGAAGGGUCACGAAAUACUGGAUCAGUGUUUACAAAAUAGAAACUGGGUGCUCAAGAUUUUCCAAGACUUCAAACGCUCGCUCAGCACAUGUCGAGGCAGCAAUAGUGCAGGUGGAACGUAGCAGCAGCACUGUGUGACGCCACCUAUAGCCAUGGACAAAUUAUGUUUGAAUAACAUAUUCUCCGAGUCAUACAUGUAACAAACAAAACCGAAGGAAGAUUGUAAUCCUGCACCCUCCUCUCAGUGUGUAAAGUUGUCAUAUGCCCUCGGUGAAAAGAUUAAACUUGAGAACUUCCCGUUGUGCGCCAAGAUUAAAACUCUAAAAGGUUUUUAUUUGCUAGGCUGUGAAAUGAUAAGGACACAGUACUGUAAACCUGGAACUAUUCAAGAGCUUUUUGUGACAACCUAAUGGACAAUAAUUGUUUCAAAGGAACUUCCUUAUGGUUCAUCAGAAAUCUACAAAUUGGCAGAAAAAGUUUUCUUCAAAACUUUCUGGAAGAAAAAGUGCAAUGAAAAUGUCCCAGUUUACUGUAUUCAUGUUGGUAGAAGCCAGAUGUCCUAUACUGGCACCUUCAGACCAAAUAUGUAUAUAUUUUAUAUCGGUGGUAUCAAGAGUAUAUUCUGUAAAUAUAGGAUGUGGGGGGUCAAAGGUCUUGUAGAUUGAGUCUUUAUUUAAAGUGUGCCUUUUUCACCAAUAAUACAGGCCCAUGAUUGAAUGAAUGCAGCCGCAGAAGUCUACCGUGGUGUUCGGCCUUCACUGUGGUAAUAGAAUAUUAUACUACGCGAGAUCCAGUAUCAUGAGAUUUCAUUACAUUAGCUGCCUCCAAUUAGUCUUGUGUUUGGUGGCAUACAUUUGGUUUGACCAGUUGUAUUAUAGUACCGGUACGAGAUACUAAAUUAUAUGAGUAGAGAUUGUCUUUUGUCUUGAUACUACCUGUACUGUAGUGUGAAUGUAAAAAUUGAAUCCUGCUGCAGCUGCGCAAUCAAAAUGGGUGCGAUCAUAGAAGCUAGUUGAGCAUAUGCGCGGCAUUUUUGCCAAGGAGUAUUCCUCCCAAAGGGUACAAGCAUUUUGUGUGCCACUACCGUUAGGUGCCAUUUGGGCUUACUGGCGUAGUUACUCCGUCUUUGGCGUGAGCAUGUGUCAAAGCUUUGUAUGUUGCUCAUUCAGUGAGGUGUGGUGCAUGCCCUGGCAAAGGCAUUGGGUGCAAGGAACCUUGGUUACACGUCUCAUUUUAGAUGAAACAAAUUGGAGUGAGGCGUCUUCCUCAAGGACACUAAAACAAAAGGGUGGUGAUCCUGCCAAUAGCUGAACCCGUGACCUCCUGAUUAUGAUCCUGCAACUAUAACCACUAUAUUACUGAUCCACCUAUUGAAGCCGCUUUUAAAGUUUGGUGGCAUUUUGAAUAAAGAAAAGUUUGUCACUGCUAUGAUUUCACCUGAUUUGCUUGCAGUCUGCAGCCUGUAAUAUUAUUCUAAUCCCAAAUAGGAGGUCGGAUCUUGGCAUGCUCACAUCUAGUCUUCACUGUCCUGUAGGCCUAUAUGUCGAUAUGAACAAAAUAUUCUGAAUUGCUGUCUUUCGCUUAUAGUGAUGAGACCAAUUAUGAAUUGGAUGCGUUGGAAUUACCAGUAAUGAGAUGGUUCUACAUGUACAUUCUCUUCACGUUAAAGGUGCUUCACUUUUCUUUGGCUACCGAUGAAAUUGGGGUCCAUGUGGUAUGCAAAAUGCUUUACACUGACCAUCUUUGAAGUCGCUGUUUUGAACUACAGUUUAAUGAGCUUUAGCCUGUGUAGCCAGAUUAAUUAUGGGAAUUAAUAGCAUCUGAUCUGUUAAUAUCAACACAAGACUCUCAUUCGGAGUAACGCUCACAUUCAAGUUUGAUUUCUGCUGGAGACCGGAUAGGAUUCAUAAAAUGAGGCUGCUUACACAACAUGGCGAUGGCUGUCUGUAUUUCUUGUUGUAACUGAAGUUGGACAAAACCAUUGUCACACUGUAUAUUCCCCUUCCUAUGUGUACAUCUGAAUGUCCCAAGUCUCUUUGUACAUUACAUUGUAUUAUCCAACUUUCUGAGAUUCUUGUGUAUAAGGCAAUUGAAUAUAGUGUAUAGGUCUAUUUUCUCUUGGGUGUCGAUGUUUGGGGUUUAACAAGGGGCGUUUGUACCUUGCUGAUUGGUGCUUUCAUAAGAGGUCCUAAUCUCGAGGACGCGUGCAAUGUGCAACAAUAAUAUAGUAUAAAUGAAUAAACUAUUCUAGAGAAAUUCAA